ACUGAACCCAAGAGUAAAAAAAAAAAAUGCAUCCUCUAUUUGCAUUCCUUCUCUUGCAUAUAAUAACCACGGCCAGCGCAGCCCAACUCCGGCCUGGCUUCUACCGGGAAACAUGCCCGGAUGCAGAAUUCGUCGUCCGGGAAGUCCUGCACAAGGCCAUGAUUCGAGAACCCAGAAGCGUCGCCUCCGUCAUGCGCUUCCAAUUCCACGAUUGCCUUGUUAAUGGUUGCGAUGCUUCUAUGCUGCUGGAUGAUACACCAACCAUGCUGGGAGAAAAAGAAGCCCUGUCGAACAUAAAUUCGCUGAGAUCUUUCGAAGUGAUCGAUGAGGUGAAGGAGGCGGUAGAGAGAAUCUGCCCAGGAGUUGUUUCAUGCGCAGAUAUCAUAAUUAUGGCUGCCAGAGAUGCGGUGGCGCUGACUGGAGGGCCUUAUUGGGAGGUGAGGCUAGGAAGAUUGGACAGCUUAACUGCAAGGCAAGAGGACUCGAAUGAAAUCAUGCCCAGCCCAAGAUCCAACGCCAGUUCCCUCAUCGACCUCUUCAGCAAAUACAAUCUCUCUGUCAAAGACCUUGUAGCCCUUUCUGGGACUCAUUCUAUUGGCCAAGCACGCUGCUUUUCCAUUAUGUUCCGCCUGUAUAACCAAUCCGGUACCGGCCGGCCGGACCCUGCCAUUGAGCCGAAGUACAGAGAAAAUCUCUACAAGCUCUGCCCGCCUAAUGUAGACCAAAACGUCACCGGAGACCUCGAUGCAACGCCCCGUUUAUUCGAUAACCAAUACUUCAAGGACUUGGUUGCCGGGAGAGGGUUUCUGAAUUCUGAUCAAACACUUUUCACGUUCACAAAGACUAGGAAGUUUGUGGAGCUGUUUAGCAAAGACCAAUCUGAGUUUUUCAUGGCCUUGGUGGAGGGAAUGCUCAAGUUGGGUGACUUGCAAUCUAACCAGCCGGGAGAGAUUAGGAGGAAUUGUAGGGUGGUUAAUGGCCGACAUGUUAACACUUUCUGGGAGUCUUGACAUGGAGAGGGGCCAUUGACUGAUUAUUAAAGCCAACAUUAUAAAUUAAGAGCCACUAAUAUAAUCUAAUUAUGUUCAAAAAUGAUGUGAUGGUUUUGGUUGAAGCCUAUUGGAAAUUAAACAAAUACAUGCAGUGAUAUAAACAUAAUUAAAAAGACUUUGU